AUGAAGUUUCAGCUUUCUGUCGCAGUUUUUCUUAUUUGGCAAUUUGUGCUUUUUGAGUUGUUCAUACAACCUGCAAACGGGAACUGGGGUGUUUCCAGUGAUUACAAAGAAGAAAAAAAAGUUACCUUAAAGGUGGAUAAGGAUGGUAAUAUUACACUUAAAAUUGAACCUGCGAAGAAAAGGAGAUGCAUUAAUUGUAAAGGAGAAAUGUGCACGUUUACACAGUUUGACAGUAAUAAGGACGGCUUUAUCAGCCUGGAAGAGUUUUUAGAGAAAGCAGGGGCCUACCGGUAUAAAAAACUGUUCAAGAUUGCUUUCCGAUUGGUGGAUACUAAUGCUGACGGACGUAUUUCGCAAGAAGAGUUCAAGAAGUUGAAGAUCACACUUCCGUAUUGCUGAAAAAAAAAACAAUUUCGAAAAA